AUGAACUCAGACGAUGAAGAUUUCAACGAUAUCUAUGGUGAUGAUAACCAAGAUGACGUAAAACAAACUGAACAAGAAGAUCAAUCCAAAAAAGUUGACGCUUCAAGUUCAAAAGAUCAUGAACCUACUAAGGAAUCCAGCAGUAGUACUUCUGGUACUGCUCAAACUAAGGAAGGUGAGAAGCCAGCCAGCUCCAUUUCAGAAAGUUUAAAUCAAUUGGCCGCUUUGCAAGCUCUGUCAGCAUCUAUUAAUACUUCAGGCUCUUCCAACUCCGCUACAAAUAACGAUACUAUUUCAAAGACUGAUGCUACUUCUCAAGAGCCUUCCAACAUAACAAAUGAUGAAAAAAAGCAAGAUACUCCAAAUACUAAUAAUAAUUUAUCUCCAACUGCAUUUGAAAGCACCGCCAAUGCUGCCCCAAAAAAAGCUGAUCUAUCAAAAGAUAGCUGUAAGAUGUUUAUUGGUGGGUUGAACUGGGAUACCACAGAAGACGUAUUACGCCAAUAUUUCAAUAAAUAUGGUAAUGUUAUUGAUGUCAAGAUUAUGACUGAUGGCCAUAAUGGUAAAUCAAGAGGGUUUGGGUUUUUAACCUUUGAAAAUUCCUCAAGUGUUGAUGAAGUAGUAAAGACCCAACAUAUUCUUGAUGGGAAAGUUAUUGAUCCAAAGAGAGCUAUUCCAAGGGAAGAGCAAGAUAAAACUGGUAAAAUCUUUGUCGGUGGUAUUGGUCCAGAUGUUAGACCAAAAGAAUUUGAAGAAUUUUUCUCACAAUGGGGGUCUAUUAUUGACGCUCAAUUGAUGCUGGAUAAAGAUACUGGUAGAUCAAGAGGGUUUGGGUUUGUUACUUAUGACUCUCCAGAUGCUGUUGAUAAAGUUUGUCAGAAUAAAUUUAUCGAAUUUAAGGGAAAGACUAUUGAAAUUAAAAGAGCUGAGCAACGUGGUGGUACUGGUAAUAACAAUGAACGUGGUGGUAACCGUAGAAAUAGAAUGCAACAUGGUGGCCAUUCAAAUUACGGGAAUAAUGGUGGAUACGGUAAUAACAAUCAUAUGAACCAUGGUAAUCUAAAUAUGCCCAACCAACAGAAUCCAUAUUAUCAAAACCCAAUAAUGAAUCCACAAGCUAUGAACGAUUACUACAAACAGAUGCAACAAUAUUAUCAAAAUUUCCAAAAUGCUGGUAAUGGUACACAACAAUCAAUGGAUCCAAACAUGCAACAAUUAUAUCAACAACAAAUGCAAAUGAUGAUGUAUGGUAUACAACAACCUCAAAUGAAUGCAGCUAAACCUCCUAACCCUGCUGCAACAGGAGCUAAUGCUACACCCACACCUUCAAGUGAUACUGAUGACAAGAACAGUUACAGAUCACGCCAUCCAUCAUCUCGUAGAAAUAACAAUAACGGAUAUCAUCCUUAUAACCGUUGA